AAGUAGUAUGUUAGUGGUGUUGGGUUCGAGUCCCAAAUGAUACCAUAGAUACAUAUAUAAAAGCUUAAAUAAAUAAAAAAAAAAUACUCAAUUUUGUGCAUAAUCGAUGCUUUCUUUUUCUUUCUUUCAUUUCUUAAUCAUAAGGCAUUUUCAAAUCAAAUCGACGAUUCAAAUAUUUCUCUUCGUCGCGUUCUCGGUUUCUUCCUGAGCUUUCUCUUUGUAAGCCAGGGAGGUCAACAAUGGAGGAAACGUUGGCUAUAAUUCUCUCAAUGCUUCUACUUGCUGCGUUGGUCCCCCUUUACCUAUGGAAGCGCCGUCAAGAUUCUCAAUCAACUCAUGAACAUGACGAACCGCCUCAGGCCCGCCAAAGUGAAACUGUGGUGCGUUCUACUGCUACACGGCGGAUGCGUCGGAGGCCUGCUUCUGGAGCAAGUUCAUCGUCAGCCCCAGCUAGUCAUGCAGAAUCUGUUGAUGAAAGUGAUGAUGAAGCUGCUGGUGCUGAGUAUUAUAAAGCUAAAUCACCAAAGAAAAAGGAGAAGAAGCGGCAGGAGCGGGAGGCCCAACGACAGGCUGAACAAGCUGCACGAGAAUCAAGGCAAACAAAACAAGAUUGUUAUAAUGAUUUGAGGAAGAGGAAAGAGGAGGAGCGUGAGGCAGAAGAGCGUAGGAUGGAGGAAGAAGCAUUGGCCCAAAAGGCUAAGGAGGAGGAAGCUGCAGCAAUGGAGUUUGAAAAGUGGAAAGGUGAAUUUUCUAUAGAUGCUGAAGGUACUACAGAAAAUGAAGUGCAAGGUGGAAGUCAGGAUUUACUUUCUGAUUUUGUGGAAUACAUUAAGAAGCAGAAAUGUGUUCCUUUAGAGGAUCUUGCUGCUGAAUUCAAGUUAAGGACACAGGAAUGUAUCAAUAGGAUUGCUUCCUUGGAGAGUAUAGGGCGACUUUCCGGAAUUAUGGAUGACAGGGGAAAGUAUAUUUACAUCUCUCAAGAAGAAAUGCAAGCUGUAGCUGAAUAUAUUAAGCAUCAGGGCAGGGUUAGCAUUUCACACCUUGCUAGUAAGUCCAACCAGUUUAUCGAUUUGGAAUCGAAACCACAUCUAGCCGACGAAUUAAUUAGCACCGAAGAGAUCAUUGUCUCCUAACUAAAAAGUUGACCAUAGCCUCUUAUGUAAACAAAAUUUUAAGUCCAAACAUGUAUAAUUUUAAUUUUCUAGCAGUAAGGGGUAAAGGCCACAUGAGUUACUAGUCAAAAAGUGAAAUAUUAAUUCUAUUCAAUAGAAAAAUGCACUUUGAGAAGUUUUACUAAACUUUGUCUAUUUUUUUUGAUGUAUUUUCUCUCUUUGUAAGUUGUUUUGUCUGAAGAUAUAUGUAUAUAUUUUACUUUUAUUAUUAUUAUAUUAAUAUCAUAUUUUUAUA